UGGAUAUAUUUGUGAUGUCGCCGGCGGUGUGCCGGGUAAAUGCUUCUUUCCGAAGUGCAUCAUUUUGAGUCAUUGUCACGGUUUCUCUAUUUCAAAAUUCCUAUAUAAGACCAUCUUCGCCCCUUGCCUCCCCACUUUUCUUCACCGUCCAUCAUCAUGUCUGCAUAACAAGCUUUCCGUCUUUGAACAAAGCCCCUCUUCAAUUCAUCAUUGCCGCGUCCCUUUAAAGAGCGUAGGCCCACCAUUCCUGAAGUAUGGUUAACAAACUCGCCCGUAAAUCCAAUAACGGCACUAUCUUGUUCGAACCUUUCAUCGUCUAUCGUAUACACCGGUCAAACCAGUUUCAACCCUGGUAGAACACUUUUCGACUCAGACGCCACUUCAUCAUACGUUCUGAAAUUCACCGCCCCUCACAUGUCAGCAGAACCCGUAGACCUUUCCACCAUGGCCCGUUCGAAGUUACAUUCAGCUAUGGGAGGCAGCCUCCACCGCUGGGUGCUUCUCAAAAACACCAUAUUUCGACCACCUAGCGCCCCCUAUGAGCCCAGUGCGGCUACCAGUGCUUCUUAUUCAAAACAUGUUUACAUUUCAAGCGACGUUGGAGAUACCGAAGACGACGAUGAAGAAGAGGAGUUGGAUUCGUUCAUGUUUCCUGACGCAUCCAAGCUUGUGGGGGUCGAAGCCAGUACAUCUGAAGCUGAGUGGCUCGACUCACUUUUAGAAUCCUUAGUCGAAGGUGGAGAGGACGCUUCGGAUGGCGACGUUCGUAUAUCCGUCUUAGCGGUUGAAGAUGACGAAGACCCUCCACUUAGCCCCUUAAUAUCACCAAUGUCUUCGUCGGACGACCUACUCAGCCAUCAAGCAUACGUUGUUCCAUAUCCUGUACCAUAUCCGCCUUUCCAUCCGCCACUUGUUCGUCCAUAUGUCCUUGGGCCCAUCAUUGAGUCCCCUGUUUCACCAUUUCCAGCGUAUGAUGCUCUACCAUACUAUGAUGCCGACGAGUUAGACGAUCUAUCUGUCCCUGAAGCCAUAGAGGACACUUCAGACGACGAGUCCGAUGCCGUUUCCACGCCUUCCCUGGGGCGUUCGUCAGAACUGGACUUCUUGGAUCCGACGACCCUGCCAGUUCCAGGGCAACGUAGGAGACGACGGUCACAGCCUCACGUGUACAUUCGCCACCCGGACUCUUAUUUUGAUCGCUAUGCACUCGAUCCCCUUCCGUUUCCCGAUGAAGAUCAAUCCAGUUCUUAUAAUGCUGUCUAUCAUGUGCAUGAAUGCUAGUUUCUCCUCUUUAACCUAGAAUAUGCUGUUCUGCUCUAUUAGUAAGUAGUGUACAUAAGCGUUUUUGUUGAUGUAUGUUUACGUCUGUUUUUGGGAAUAUGUUUCUCGCUUCCGUCCGUCACCCUCUUCUCACGACAUUACGCUACCGCUGUGGG